AUGCGGUGCGCUGUCCUCCUGCAGCUAGCAGCUACAUUUUUUCUAUUUUCCAGUAUCUACGCUCAGCAAAAUGACUUUGCCGAAGAUAUUGAUUACUUGGAUAUGGAUCCGGAUUCUCUGCUUGCAGAGCAUUCGGUGAUAGUAGCGAAUGCCACUUGUGGAGAACGGCGGCGGGAAUACUACUGCCGCUUGGUUGAACAUGCUGGAUACGACUUUGCUAGUUUCAAACGAACCAAGCGUCAGGCUUACGACUAUCCACAGGAUGGGCGAACAUACAAAGACAUCGAUGGCACUGUGGUUGAGUGCAACUACUGUGAUGCCCAGGAUCCCAGCCUUCGCCACCCUAUUGAAUACGUGGUAACCGGAGAUUCAAAUUUGUGGUGGCAAAGUCCAUCUCUGGCGGAGGGUCUCCAGUACCAUGCAGUGACUAUUGACAUCGAUUUGAAGCAGGUGUACCAAAUAGUUUUUGUCCUCCUUCGAAUGGGCGACUCGCCUCGGCCAGCAAAUUGGAUUCUCGAGAAGUCAAUCGACGGCCAGGUGUUCCAUCCCUGGGUAUUCUUCGCAGAAAACGCCCACCAAUGCCGAACUCAGUAUCAGCCAAUGGUGAACAGCACAAUACGCAUAACCAGCGACUCAAGGCCUCACAAACUCGGUAACACAGAGGUUUACUGCACAACCUACUUCAGUCAGCCUCAAAACCUGCAAGCUGGUGAAAUUAUUAUCCCUCUCACGGUCGAUCGAGAGGGUGCUUCGACGUCACACUUUGAAUCCAACAAACCCAUCGACCCUGAGCUAAUUGCAAGUGUCAUUAGUUUCACCUCGUUGUUUAAACAGCCCUGCAAUACAAUUAACUCUUUUGAGUUUCUUUCGGCGCGGUUUGUGCGUUUGCGAUUCCAGAAGCUGCAAACUCUCUCUGGUGAUUGGAUGACUCUGCCUGACCAACUCGACCCAAGUGUAUACAACAGGUACUACUAUUCGAUUCGCAACAUUAAAAUCGGCGGCAAAUGCGUGUGCAACAGUCAUGCGAACACAUGCGGCCGACAGAUUAUCGACGGCGUGCCUCGGGCCGUGUGUGACUGUCAGCACAACACGUGUGGCUACACAUGCGAAAAGUGCUGUCCCCUCUUCAAUCAACAACCCUGGCGACCGGGCGCUGUCUGCGAGGGUAAUGCCGCACGCCGUAACUUUCGCUGUCGCCAUAGCGACGAAUGCAAUUGUCACGGCAAGGCUGACUCCUGUGUCUACAACCAGACCGUAGCCAACCUCCAACUCAGUCUCAAUCGGUACAAUAUUCGUGAGGGCGGCGGCGUCUGCGUUGACUGCAGGGAACAAACAACAGGUGUUAACUGUGAGGACUGCCUUCCUGGUUACUAUCGUCCGCUGAACGUCGGACCUGAUGCCAAAGACCCCUGCGUGCCCUGCAACUGCAACAUCCACGGAUCUACCGGAGUAUGUGUCUCAAACGACGCCUUAAUGCCAGAAAAGCAACCUGGAGAUUGCAUCUGUAAGGAGGGCUACGCAGGACGGGAUUGCGAUCGCUGCGCGGAGGGCUACUAUGAAUCACCCAACAACCCGCGUGAAUGCAUCAAGUGUCCAUGCGACAUCGCGGGCUCGCAUAGGGGACAAGGCUAUCGCUGCCAACCUCCCUGCAACUGCAAAGCUAACGUGGAUCCUGAUUCGCUGUGCAGGGCCUGCAAGCCUGAACACUUCAAUUUGGCCGAAGAUGAUCCGGAAGGAUGUCAACCCUGUUUCUGCAUGGGACUAAGCAAGGAGUGUCAAAGUGUCUCCGUGGCCACAGCAAGACGCUUGGAAUAUGAAGGGAAACUUGGCACUGUGGAUACCAUUGAAGGCUGGACGCUGGUUGUGCCGUCGUCCACACGCAUCCUCGCGGUUCCACCGAGCACCUUCGCCUCCACAAACGCCAGCUCCAGCGCUCAGAAGCUUCGCGUAACCACUGACGACGUGGACUUUGCUCUGGGACCGCCAGCUUCUGUCCGCGGCCAGUCCUAUUAUUGGUCGGCGCCGGAGAAGUACCUCGGCAAGCAGCUAACCGCUUACCGAGGUCAAAUGGAAGCCAUCACACGCUUCAGCUCGCCCAGUAUUCGUCCCGGGAUGACUGGAGGCUACUACCAGCCCCACAGCGGACCCUACUACGACAAUUACACUCUUGGACGAGUGUGGAUCAACGAGCCAGACAUUAUUCUUGAGGGGCAUGGAAUACGUCUGAGCUACAGCGCUCCGCUGGAUAACAAGCAGACCCACCGUGUUCAACGAAUUCGACUGCACGAGUCGAUGUUCCGGGUGCUUGUGGAGUCAGGCAGCGGUGACCUCGACCGCAUCCCAAUUCACCAGACACAAGCGGCCUCUUCAGAGGACAGCGCCAGUCGCCAGCCCUACUCUGACCCCAGAUAUGGCCUUGACAGUGAAUCAAGGGUGGAUUACACUAGAGCCGGUCGUCCAGCAACAAUUGUGGACAUCAUGACUGUCCUGUCCAACGUCUCCAGACUCUACGUCAAAGCGAGGUACACCGAUGAUCAGGCAUACACGGAACCGUGGAUGUCUUUGUGUUUGGCGUCACCUAAAUAUGUUGAAUUCCCUCGGAAUUGCAGAUUGCGACGUGUGGCUCUGGAACGAGCCGAACGCGGAAAGGUGACCACAGGGAUGCCGCAGGGGGUGAGGACCGUGGAGGAAUGUCGGUGUCCACCGGGCCACACCGGCACCUCCUGUGAGGAAUGCGAGGCCGGUUAUUGGCGCGAUCCCAGCGUCGCCUCGGCUGGUGGCCAAUCAGCUGUGGACACUUUCUUGGGGCUGGUCAACCCCAUCUACAAGCGGGUCUGUGUUCCCUGUGAUUGCAAUGGACGCUCCGACACCUGCGACCCGCAUACUGGCCAUUGCUUUGUAAGCAGUCUGCACUGUAAUUCCAGGGAGGCAACCAAUCAGAUAACACCAUGGCACUCAAGUGCCCAUUGGCUCGCCAGCCCACCAAUGAGAACCCCCGUUGGGAAAACCUAUUCAGAAUUAGAGCUAAUCGAAUUCUUUUUUUCUUCAUUUCCUGGAAAGAACUGCAAAUACAAUACUUGGGGUGCAAAGUGCGAGGAGUGCUCCCCCGGCUUCCACUUGGAUCCAAAGCGAUAUGGAUCCGACAUAUGUCAGCCCUGCGAAUGUCCCUCAUUGAACAACCAGAAGACAAAUUCCUGCGUCGCUCUCUCGAACAGCAAUCUGCAUGGAUCCACUGCCAACAGCGACAAGCCCUACGCCUGUCUCAACUGUGAAGACAACACACGGGGUCAGUUCUGCGAGGCGUGCGUGGAGAUGUACUACGGUAAUCCCCUUCUGGGUCAGCCAUGUCGCCCCUGUGACUGUGGAUCGAUGGCUGUUGGGUGCGACACCGUAACCGGAGAGUGCCACUGCGGACACCACACUGCGGGACCGCGGUGCACGGAAUGCGAACCAGGAAGCCACGGCGACCCUCUCAGGGGUGAAGCCUGUACCCCUUGCGGAUGUCAUCCACGUGGAAGUCGUACACUGGAAUGCGAUAAGCGGACAGGCCGGUGUCAGUGCAACCUCUUCUACGAGGGCCAACGCUGCGAUCGGUGCGUGGUUGGCAGGGGCAACGUCGACGCCGGGUGUCCGCCGUGCAACUGUGAUCCACUUGGGUCGAUUCCUCAGGCCAACGCCUCGUGCGAUCCCGUGACGGGUCAAUGUGUUUGCAAGCCGGGUGUGGGAGGGACACUGGAAUGCGAUCGAUGCGCCGACGGCUACUACAAUAUGGGGAUUAACGGGUGCCAGUGUAAGUCCUGCUUAUACGCUGAAGUGCUUAUAACUUGUGAGUGCUCCAAUCGCGCACUCUCAACCGCCUGCCAUCCAACCACUGGCCAGUGUCAAUGCGGUGAGCAUGUUAUUGGUGAGAAAUGCGACCGCUGUCGGACGGGUUAUUACUGGAACGGGAGUGAACCUCACUGCCUCCCAUGUGACUGUGGUCCCGGUGCCGUCUCAACUGACUGCGAUAUAUACACUGGCCAAUGCCUUUGUGCGAGAUACGCCAUUGGUCGACGUUGUGACCAAUGCGAACCCGGUUUCUGGGGCCCUUCGCGUCAGGGCUGCCAGCGCUGUCCCGAAUGCCCCAAUGGUCGAGUGUGCGACCAGAUUACUGGAAAGUGCAUCUGUCCGCCGAAUACGGAAGGCGAUCGAUGCGAGUCUUGUGCCCACAACUCCUACGAUUACAAUCCUGUGCUCGGUUGCAAGGAGUGCAACUGCUCAGCGAUUGGCUCCGUCAAUCCACAGGGUGGCUGUGACCUCGUUAGCGGACAGUGCGUCUGCAAGAGCGGCUUUGCUGGACAAGCCUGCGACGAAUGUGCCCCCGGCUACUUCGGUUUCCCUGACUGCCAGCCCUGCAUGUGCAGUCUGGAGGGGAGUCUGAGGAACUCGACCAAUGGGGACCAGAUUUCGUGUGAUCCAAUCACCGGCGCGUGUGUCUGCAAACCGAAUGUUGAGGGUGAGCGAUGUGAUCGUUGUAUACCGGGUUCAUUCGGCUUGAGUGCAGACUACCCCUUGGGGUGUUACGCCUGCUUCUGCUUCCCAACCACGAAGCAACCCGAGUGCGAACAACUUAAAGGCUACCGGUCCGUCCCUGAAACCCCACACAGACUCCAGGUAAUCCCGUUUAUCGAUUUCCAACACGAAAUGGAGAUCGAAAGACACUUCAAAACUCUUGUUGGAACUGACAACGUCUACAUGCCAGGUGGGCCACUGGUGGAUCUGCAGGUGUCCGCAGAGGCGACGACAGGAUCAAGUGACCUGCCCGAUCUCACGAUCGGCCAAAGUCAAUUCAGAUGGCGCUUCUCACAGACUCUCCCCACCUUCCUCAUCCUGCCACACCUCAGAGGACCUCACACACGCAGCUACGGCUCGAUUCUCGUGGAGGUGCACUCCGACUGCUUGCCGACUGGAAAGUGCGGCUUCGAGAGCUGGGAGAGCUCCACGGACCUGGUGGCUCGAGGACAACCCACCACCGUCGAACGCACCGUCAUCCAGGAUCCUCUGAAGGUCUACGCCCGCAUGACCGCGCUCAACGGACAGCUGGAAUUCGAAACACCGGUGCCUGGGGGUGAUUUGGGCGCCGAGUACAACACAAUUUGGAUGAAGGAGAGCGAGUGGGUGCUGACUCGGAUCCACUCGCAGACCCUUCGAGUUCGACCGAGUCGCUCAGAGCUCAUGCUGGCACUCACCAACAUCACCUCCUUCUCCGUCCGACUCGCCAUGCCUGGGACUCCACUGAAAGCCAUCAGUGUGAACUACCGAACGAGGACCGCAAGGAGCGAGGCCCUAACGCAGAUGGGAACUCCAAUCACUACCAUUGAGACCUGCAUUUGCCCGGACUCUGCCAAGGGUGACCAUUGUGAGCUUGCCGAUGAUCUCCACUACUUCCCGCCCGUGGAAGUCACGCCGAGCCCUGACGGGACCUACUUCGACAGUCUCGUGGACAUUUACCAUCCAUCCAACAAUGGCAGCAUACCUGCAGGCGGAAAGACUAGCUUCAAUUUCGAAGGUGGCGUCAGAACCUGUGAAUGCAAUGGCAUGUCGAGGGAAUGCGAUCAUCAGACUGGCUACUGUUUGAAUUGCGUGGGCAACACUGCUGGCGCGCAUUGUGAGGUCUGUGCACAGGGCUACAGCGGUGACCCCACGAAGGGGGUUCCUUGCACCGUGUGCCGCUGCCCCAGUGAAUCGGCAAAUUACGCCAAAACCUGUCACCCCUACGGCCCCCUCGGUAGUUAUGUCUGCGAGUGUCUUCAGGGGUACGCGGGGGCACUGUGUGACCGCUGCGACACCGGUUACUAUGGCGACCCACUGAUGAUGGUGCCAUGUCGACCCUGCGAUUGCGACCUGUCAGGCUCUCAACACCAAAACUGCAACAUGAAGACCGGCCAGUGCGUCUGUCUGCCGGGCAUCACCGGGCGCCGAUGCGAUCAAUGCCAAGAGGGCCACGUGGUCGACGCUGGUCGGUGUAUCGGUGAGUUGCGUUCUCACUUGUCGCUCCUCUUAUGGGGCUCGAACCCCGACCCAAAUCAUCGAGUAUAUCACGACUCCACCAGGCGCAAAAAGCCAAUUGCCUUCACAGAAACCCGCAGUGCACUUUCAUUGGUAACUUCGUGUCACAACAAGUGCUUUCCACACCUAGACUGUCGUGGUGAGUGCACAGGAGAGUUGUUGGAGAGGACGGCAGCUGUCAGCAGCGACAUCGACUCCAUCGACCUCACCGAAUUAGCUCAUCGUGGUCUGCGCGGUCUCCAGAAACAAGCCGAAGGUCUGAAGGAUCGGUAUUCCCUGCGAGGCACGAUCCCGCCGGAACGCGAUCUGAUCGAUCGAGCCGCCAAACUGACGGCCGAUUUGUCUCGCAUUUCACUGUCGGCCAUCACGACCCUACCACAGACGGUCAGCGCGAUCGACAACGCCAGCUGUGCCAACACCAACGCCACGAUUCGGUUGUCGCGCGAGGUUGUCGGUUUGGAGAGACGACUCAGCGAGUGGAUCGGUUCAAUGCGGAGCCUUCAUCUGGGUUCGGUGGACGAGCAGCUUAUCCAACAGUGGCACCAACGCGCGCGUCUAAUUCGUCAGGAGAUCUCGCGUCUCGACCUCCAGCCGACCUCGGAGUGGGCAAGAGAACUCCUAGACGGGAGUCGCAAUUUGGAGGAGCAGUUGGAGGCAAUUCAACGCAGGGCCUCAGAGGCCGACUACGACGCGCAGAUCAGGCGUCUGAAGCACUACCAGAGAGAACAGCGGGCUCUGUUGGAUGCUCAGAAAGAACAGCUUUAUAAAAUGGCCAACCAAACUCAACGUGGUCUAAAUUCGAUAAAGAGCAUAGAGGACGUCAUGGACACGGCGUCAGGCAGUGCAAUCGACACGCUGCGACUAAAUCAGAGCCUUUUCGAGGAUUCCUUGCAGAACCUUCAACAGAAUACCACGGACUAUCAGGAGCCAACCAUGGGUGAGCUUAAUCGGAUCGCCAACCUCCUGGAACAGUCACAGAGCUUCGAUCAGGUGCCGAGUGUAGUUCCAGCAGAUGUCAUCACCGUGGUCCACAAUCUGGAUCGCACAAAGGAGUCAAUCGUGGCGGCACUUGACCGUCCUGGGGUUGAUCGAACGCUGGAGGGCCGAGAGGCCUACAAAGCGAUUGCGGACACAAUCUGGGAGGCCAGGAACUUCACUGACGAAGCCAUGCAGGCUGUGGAAGACAUUGGAGACGGUAGCACUUCGGCGUCUCUCGAAGCGUCGCUUGCUGACGUUGAGAAACGGCACUCGGAAUUGGCGGCUCGAGUUGCGAAGUUGGGGGAACGGCUAGAGGAUGAAGAGCUGAUUUCCGAGGCGAAUCACGACCGAUUGUUGGAUUUGAAGAGCGCCUUCCGGGACAUUAACGUGGUGCUAGAACGCACGCUGAAGUCAUCGGCGUUGACAAAGGACCAUGUCUCGAACCUGGGUCCACUGGUGGCGUCGACGCGACCCGAACUCGAAGCACUUGCAGGUGAAAUCGCUGAGGCGCGGAAACGCUUUGACUCCGUUGAAAAGGCGGUUCGUGGCAUUGAGAAACAGUUCAACGAAAUUGAAGGCACUGCCAACCUGGCAGUCGACCAGGCGAAUUCAACGCAACGAAGCCUUCUGGACGCCAUCGCGGCUGCAGAACGACGCUCCGCCGAGGUGGACAAGAAGAUGGCCUCCGUCAGCCGGCUGGCGUCGCUGGCGCGUUCUCUUCUCGACCUCAUCUACGCCAGUCUGGGCAAAGAUCCCAUCCCCCUGCGUCUCACCGGGGACGACUGCGUCUACACCCUCGUCCCCUACCACGUGACCAAGUCGCGCGUCUUCGACCUUGAGUUCUGGUUCACAGCUGCUCUGCAACGCGCUCAGGGCGGAUCUAGCUCGCAGAAGAUCCGGACAAACUCCGUGUUGCUCGUGGGGAGACGCGCGUUCCCGGGACGAACGAUGAUGUUCGCGGUCACUGUUGAGCCCUCGGGUAACCUACGCUUCUCGUGGUCUCAGCCAGACGUGGUUGGUGGAGAAUUGGGUCUUGAAAUCGGCCCUCUUAACGGCACCUUCACCAAUCGGAUUCGAGUAACUUCCGUUCCUGGUCGGGUGGACUUGUACCUACAGCAAGUUCCAGAGGGCGCAGAGUCACUAGUGGGUUUGCCAAUCCAGUCAGUGACCUUCACAGACGACCAAUCGGACUCCUCCAUCAGCAGCCUGCUAAUCGAUAAUCAGCUGGAAGUGCGAGUGGGUGGGCCUUUCCAUGACCCGCAUUCGGCCGACUCUAACGCCCCGCUGAUGGAGAGUUGGGGCGAUGGUGGCGCGGAGGAGAUGUGGUCCCGACUGCAGAAAAUGGACCACGCCAAGGGCUGCCUCUACGACCUCAAACUCUCCGGCCAUCGUCUCGGAUUUCCGGAUUUCGCAAAGGCUGACCGCGCGUGCACUCAGCAGACUGAGGACUUCUGUAAAAUUCACACCAACUUCCGGCCGCUAAUUCGAGACGGCUACAUCUGGGAGAAGUCGAGUGCUCUUGACGCGGGACUCGAACCGAACCCUCGGCCUAAAACCGAGGAUCAGCGCGAACCCUUCCUGGAGUACAUGCAACUCCACGACUUCGCCGCUGACGACUCCUAUUCGCGCAUCACAAACUACGAGAGUCUGUCGCCGUGUGACAAGACCAUCGACAUCCACCUUCAAAAGUUGGCGCCCUACAAGGCUAACAGCAUGGUUCUCACCUUCUACAACUACCGCGAGGAUUACGGCAUUACUGUGGAGAGCAAGGGACACGACCUUGUGUGCAGCCGAUGGCAUGGUAACCUCAUGAGUGGUCGCGGUGGUGGUGCUGGCAGCAGCCGCCAACGUGGUCUGAGGCAGAUUCGCGUUUCGCCAAUUUCUCUGAACUACUGGACGCUUGAGGAAAGACUAGCAGAAGACUGCGCUAUCGCCAAAGACGACGACUACGUCUUCUUUGUUGGUGGCAUUCCGCCGGGGCAUUACGAGCUCAGAAGAGCGAUGAAGGAAUAUGGCCUUUCGACCAAUGGCUUCCGUGGACGCAUUGGUCUGGCCACAUCCGGCAUCCACGUUCCUGGGUCUCUUCUGAUCGAUUCCUACACAAAGGCACCAAUUCGCAACUACGGCGACACUCUCUUCUCUGAUAUGCGACAGACGGAAGAAGCCUACACCAUUGCGCAGACCGCCCCAGACAAUCAAUACUGCCUUACGCUCAUCCCAUUGGCUAAUUCGACGAGCUUCGAAUUGAAGCCGAGGCAAUUCGCUGCGCCCUGGGUGCCUGAGAUUGGCAUGACAGUCCGAUUCCGACCGGUUGGAAACGAUGAAGUAAACCUCCUCCGAAUGCAGGUUGCCGAGAACAAUCUCUGGUUCCGGGUGUGGUUGACGUCUGACUUGCGCGUUGGAAUCGCCAUUCCAAGCGAUCCCACCAAGUUCAUAACCAGAGAAAUCUUUGGCACCCACGUCAUCCGCGAUCCGACCAAUAAUUUGGCUGCAAUUAAAGCCCGCGAAGCUCAAAUCUUCGAUCAGCCACUCUUCACGGAGUCUGUUCUCACGAUCCAGUUUGGUGACGCGAAGUCAAAGAGAACUGGUCGCUUACUUAUCCCACGUUCAUUGGUGGAAAUGAGUGAGCAUCUUGAUUGGCCAAUCGAUAAGAGGAACGGGUUAACUGUGCUGUUCGACCAACGCCCGGUACAGACAUGGACCCUGAGCCAACCCAUUCCGAAAUCGGCAGUUCUGCAGGUUCAUGUCGGGCCUGAACUAAACUCACCCACCUAUCACGAGUUCUCUAUCAGCAACUUGGUCAUAGGAAAGCAUCGCGUUGAUUUCGCCGCCGACAUGGUCGACACUCUGCGUAACAAGCGUUUCUAUCGAAUCGGCGAAUGUGGCGGUCAGUUGAGGCCUCGAUUUGUCGCGUCGCCUGACGAAGCGCACGAGACUCCACUGGGUGAUUUUGUGUACCAAGGUCUCGACUUACCAGCGCCACCGACUGGACGCCGUCUACGCUCCAUUUUCGAGGACUGCGGUGAUGUCAAUCCUCAGGUGUGCGACGCGAUCAGCGAAAACGUGACCAAAGAGUGGCCCAGCAUCAUCCACUCACUUCUUUCACCGAAGCCCUCUAAGCGAGUGCGUGUGCGCAGUCUGCACCUUGCCGGAAACGGAAAAAGCACAAAGAAUUGUCUCGAUGGGGAUAAAUCCUCUGCCUGGUUCAACGGCGAAGCCUACUGGGAGGUGUCAGACAUUGCGCGUGUGCUUAAUCGGAAUAAUGACUUCCGGGUGACAAUUGGCUUCCGGACGCGUCCCCAAAACGACACAUCAAACUCCGUCGGCGUCCUGGGUGCUUUUAACUUCGGCUUCAAAUCUGGCACGCUCUUCGUCCUGCUGAGUGAACGCCAGGUUCAUCUGGUCCACGAGGCAGGUGCAAACGGAAACACCGACUUUGUUUGGUCAAGCCCUCACCUUGAUCUCCAUGGCAACGCUUGGCACCGCCUUGAACUGCUGCCCGUCAACAUGCAGUCAAAUGAAGUAGGCGGGGAGAUGAAAGUUUCUAGAAUGCGAUUUAUUCUGGAUUACCACGAAGUCUGGAUAGAGGAACCAAUGACGUGGCGAGUUCCUGUCAGUGUUUUCAUUGGUGGACACCCCAGCACACGUUCCAUCAAAAUUGGCUCAAAGAGGAUGACCUUGAACAAGCUCUUUGGCUGUGUCGAUGAGUUGACACUGGGCGGGCAUGAAUUUGACCUCGCCAAAUCCCGCCUGCCAGUCUGUCCAACCUGCUUCACGCUCAACUCGAAGGCGAUCCACGUGCUGCCCAAGAUCCAGGAUCUGAUCCAACCUAAACGAGGGCUCGUCUUGCCGCUGAAACGUGAGUCAUCAUUCUGUGGUGUACUGCCAACUCAUUUUCACGCUAUUGGUCAAUUGCCGUGUCCAAUCAUUUCAGUGAAUAUCGCAACUCCACGACCCCAGCGAAUGGGAACAGUUGAGUUCUCCUUUGAGGUACUCUACGAUUCUCAGAAGAUCGGCGUUGAGAGUCUCUUUGUGAUGGUGUUUGAAAGCAGCGACAGUGAGGAUCUCGUGCACCUUUGGAUCUACCUCGACCGCUACAUGGUGAGCCCACAAAGCACCGCCUACUUAAAUUAUAUUAGUAGAAAGUGUGUGACGGAGUCGCGCCUCUUUGUGACUCACUUGACGACGGAGGAGAAGGUGAGCUUCAGUUCAAGCGCGUCUGAGCCAAGCGCCUGGCAUUACGCCUCGGUGAAAGUGUUCCUCCAGGACAUCGCGUCAGUCAUCGAAAUAAGUACUCAGAGCGAAUCGUCCCAGACGGUCAUACUCAAAUCCCUGGGCCGACUAAGGGCCAUCUACUACGGUUCCGACGAAGCUAUCUCGCCAGAAGUUCAAUCGGAGCAUCAUGGAGGAACCGUUGUACCUCCGUUCAUGGGCUGCCUCAAAAACCUCCAAUUAUCGAUAGAUGAGGGUGCGCGGUUGCCGGUUGAAUUCCCCGAGUCUACGCAACACCUCGUACACGGUGUCUGCCCACUGUGA